AUGGAGAAGUACCGAUUCCCCACCAGCCCCAAGGCGAACCCGCAGGCUAUCAUCGAGGGCCCGAAUUAUCGGUUCACCGUCCUGACUGAUCGGUUGAUUCGAUACGAGUGGGCGGAAGAUGGUAGGUUCGAGGACCGCGCCUCGACGUUUGCCGUCUGUCGCGACCUGCCGCUGCCCGAAUUCCGGACCGUCGACGAUGCGUCGGGGCUAGAGAUCAUCACCAAACACGUCCAGCUCAGCUACGAUAAGCAGCGGUUCAGUCCCGCUGGCCUGGUGGCCCUCCUCUCAGCUCGCACCACCAAGUACGGCACCGCGUGGCGGUUCGGCACUUCGUCGCCUCUCAACCUGGGCGGCACUGCCCGGACGCUGGACCUGUGUGACGGACGAUGCGAUAUGGGCGAGGGCGUGCUGUCCAAGGCCGGAUUUGCCGCCGUCGACGACUCCGACUCCAUGCUCUUCGACGGCAACGGUUUCGUGGCGGCGCGACCGGUGGGAGACCGAGUCGAUGGCUAUCUGUUCGCUUACGGACGCGACUAUAAAGCGGCCAUCGGCGCCUUCCACGCGGUGUCCGGACGCCAGCCGAUCAUUCCGCGAUAUGCCCUGGGAAACUGGUGGAGCCGAUAUUAUCCCUAUCGGCAGGAUGAGUUCCUGCAACUCAUGGACCAGUUUCGCGCCCGCGACAUUCCCCUGACCGUGGCGGUGCUGGACAUGGAGUGGCACCUGGUCUCCGACAAGCGAGUGCCACAUGCAGGCUGGACGGGGUACACCUGGAAUAGCGAUCUCUUCCCCAAUCCAACGGGGUUCGGUCAAGAGGUUCGCCGCAGAGACCUGAAGAUGACGCUGUGUGACCAUCCGCACAGUGGCAUUCACCAUCACGAGGACUCCUACGAGGAGAUGGCGCGCUUCCUCGGCCACGACACCACCGACAAGAACCCCAUCCUCUUCGACCCAACCAACCCAAAGUUUAUGGAUGCUUACCUCAACAUUCUGCAUCGCAACCUGGAGUCGGAAUGCGACUUCUGGUGGAUCGACUGGCAGCAAGGCCCCUUCUCCAAGGUCCCCGGCAUCGACCCGCUGUGGAUGCUGAACCACUUCCACUAUCUGGACCACGGACGCGACGGAAAGAGGCCGCUCAUUCUCUCUCGCUACGCCGGACCCGGUAGUCAUCGAUAUCCCAUUGGCUUUUCCGGAGACACGUUCGUGACCUGGGCGUCCCUCGAAUUCCAACCUGAAUUCACGGCGACGGCGUCGAAUAUCGGGUACGGAUGGUGGAGUCACGAUAUCGGCGGUCAUAUUCAUGGCGGUCGCGAUGACGAACUUGUCACGCGAUGGCUGCAACUCGGGGUUUUCUCCCCGAUUCUGCGCCUGCAUUCCACCUCGUCCCGUUGGAUGUCUAAGGAGCCGUGGUUGUAUCGCCCGGAAUGCGCGUCAACUAUGUCCGACUUCCUACGCCUAAGACACCGACUGGUGCCUUUCUUGUACACGCAAAAUGUGCUGGGAUCGGCGGCAAACGAGCCUCUGGUGCAGCCCAUCUACUGGGAGUAUCCCUACCGCGAAGAGGCGUACUCCGUUCCCAACGAGUACUUCUUCGCCUCCUCGCUCGUGGUAGUCCCUGUCGUCCAGCCCCGAGAUACGCGAACGAACCUCGCCUCGGCCCAGUCGUGGCUGCCGCCUCAUCGUCGCCUCGUCGACAUCUUCACCGGGACCGUGUAUGACGGAGAUCGGAGCCUCAUCUUAUAUAGGCGCCUCGACGAGUAUCCCGUUUUGGUACCGGAAGGGUCAAUCAUCCCUCUUGACGGGGAGGCCUCCCCCCGGAAUGGGUGCUUACGCCCGGAGAAGUUUGAAGUGAUUGUUGCCGUUGGCCGAGAUGGACAAGCAACAGUCUUGGAAGAUAAUCAAGCCGGGGAACCAGAACAAAUGGUUGCGGAAAUCAAUUUCGCGCAAGCCUCUGGAAAGCUCAAGGCCCGCGUCUCCGGUCGAUCCUGGGCCUUCCGUUUUCUUGCAAUCGCCUCGAUUCCAAACGACGUUCAAGUCUUGGUAGACGGGGCUGACCGGACUGCGGACGCUGGGAUAACCGUCGCACAGCAUCCAGAGACACCGGGGCUGCUGGUGCAGUGCCCGUCCAUUUCGCAAGACACCCACGAGAUCCUCAUUUUCCUCGGUCGCGACCCCCAGUUAAGCGUAAUUGACCACACGCUCCGACUGGAAGGCUUGAUCCGAGAUUAUCAGAUUGAAUUUGCCAUGAAAGAUCGGCUGUGGGACGUCGUGGCCGGCUCUGCUCAUCACCCGCUUAAUGUGACGAUGGGGAAAAUGAUGGCUUUGGGCUAUGACGAGGCCAUCGUUGGGCCCGUCGCAGAGUUGUUACUGGCCGAUAGUCGCUCGUAG